GUUUCUGAUAACUAAUUAAUCUUUAAAACGGUUCUGAAAAACAUCAGGAAGAAACUGUGCUGAUGUUGAGAAUAAACGAGAAAUGGACAUAAGUGUAGAGAGAAACACAUACAUGUCAGUCAUCAAGGCAGAUGGAAUUAAGCGGAGAACGGAGGGGAAUGACAGGCGUGCCGCUUUUAGAAAGAACAUAACAAUUAUCAUGAGCUCAUGUACGGCGUACCCUUUUAAAUAUGGAAAAGGAUCAUAUUUAUGUUUCUUCUGUAAGAACACAUUUUUAGAACCGGAAAAAUUAAGAGAACAUACCCAAAAAGAUCACUCCGGUCUAAUGUUUCAGUUGAAAAAAUAUGAACCUCUGAAAAUGGACUUUGCAAUCACAUACUGCAAAUUGUGCGGCAUUAAUAUUAAUAAUUACGUUUCAUUGAAAUCACAUUUACGGGAGCAUGGGAAAGUGUUGGACUGUGCGUACGGUGAAUCGAUUCUUCCUUAUAAAUUGAUUAAAGACGAACAUUGCUGUCAGGUUUGUGGGAAACGGUACGAAACGUUCCUUAGUCUCCAUAAACAUAUGAACACUCACUAUGAACAUUUCAUUUGCGAAACAUGCGGUAAGGGUUUUGCUACAGCUCAGCGUAUGCUCAAUCAUUCGCGGACGCAUGAAAGGCGGGAUUUCCCCUGCAAGCAUUGUGGGAAAACGCUGGAGUCAUAUGCGUCGCUCUACACCCAUAUAGUUAAAGUCCACCGUUUAAAUAAGAGGUAUAAGUGUCCUAUAUGCGACGAGAAGUUUUCUGCGUACAAAUAUAGAAUGAAACAUUUGAAUACAGUUCACGGAGAAAAAACAGCAUCAUUUCCGUGUCCAUCUUGUCCAAAGGUUUUCGAUCUUUGUAGUCGACGGACCGCUCAUAUACGAUCUCUCCAUUUGCAGGAACGUAAUCACGCCUGCUCGGUCUGCGGAAUGAAGUUCUUUAGUAACUACGAAUUGCAAGAGCAUAGUGUUAAGCAUGUGGGUGCUAGAAUAUAUCAAUGUGAUGUUUGUAAAAAAUCCUACGCUAGAUUAAAGACUUUACGCGAACACAUGAGAAUUCAUAAUAAUGACAGGCGAUUUGUGUGUCCUGUUUGCGGGCAAUCUUUCAUUCAAAAAUGUAGCUUGAAAAAACACAUAACGGUCCAUCAUCCCAUGCAAAUUAAAUCCGAUGUUUUUUAAAUAUAAAUAUAUAAAAUAAAUAAAAGUAUUGUUUUCUGAGUUUCAAAGUGCAAUAAUCUCUUUCAAAAAUAGCCAUAUUUGCUCUUAGAAUAUAUUUUUUAAGCUUUAGUGUGAACCCUUGUUAUUUAUAAAUAUAAUAUGGACUUUUACUGCAUACAAUUUCAAAUGUUCUGUAGUAAUAAAGUAUGUAUUGAAUUCACAUAGUUUUAUUACGCGUACACCUUAAAAAUAUAUCAAAUAUUCAAAAU